AGAGGACGAGGAAAAACCUAUAAUAAAUCGUAGAAAUACAGCAGCGGUUUUCCCAUCGAAAAAGAUCGAGUUGGACGAGGCCCUAAAAAAGGACGAGGAAAUCGAAAAUAAACGUGACAGAAAAAACAAGAAGAUGGAAGUUAAAAAUACUGUCGUGAGUGUUAGUGCAAAUGAAGAAGAGGCAAAGGACUUAGAAGAUACUACAUCAAGAAAGGUCAGGGUUGAGAAAAAGACUAGAAAGAUGCGAAAAGUGGAAUCAAUGUUGGAAAAAGGAUACGCUGGGAAACCUCAAAGUAAGAGGGAAAUCCUCAGGCAGAGGAGAAAGAAAGAAAAGGCACUUCAAACCUUUAAAGAGAAUAUAAAAUAUUGGCAGAAACCUAGCAUUACGUACGCGAUGAGUAUGUGCAAGGAAAUUCUGGAAAUUCUAAUGGGGACAACAAUAACCAGUGCGAUGUCCAGAACCUACAUGGAGAGACUGAAAGUGCGUAUCCUUGAACACUACUUGGAAAUGAUGACCAGAAGAGUGAAAAUGCGGGAGGAAAAGGAGUACAAAAGAGCAAAACAUUUAAUACUAACCGGGCAAUUGCCGUUUUCCCAAGCUCCAGAAGAGAUGAACGAUCACAUAGUGAUUAUCCUGGAGAAUUAUUGCAACGAGUUGAUAGAGAAAAGACGCGCCCAUUACAACUUGAUAAAACCGAAAAUUCCCACCUACUUAUAUUGGGACGAUACGCCUGAUCCGCCGUUCAGGUUGUCAAUUGAGGUGGGACACAAAUUUAGGUCCAAGGAGGAGUGUCUUUGCAAGGAUAUCGAUCACUUCUUGUAUGAAGAUUUGACGGACUACAUGUUUGACGAACAGGAGCUCAAACGAUUGAAAUACGCCGACAUAAACAUUAGAAAAUUGGCCCAUUUAACUAUUGUGUCCCAGAUAUACGAUUUUGCGGACAUUAUUAUGCAAAAAGACCUGCCGGAAAUGGGCUACAAGCCCAAAUCCCAGAUGGUGGUUAUUGAGGACACCGAUUCGAUCUUCACCGUGGUUUAUGAAGAUGAUGAAGAAGACGAUGAAGAGGAAGAACACGAAGAAGCGUAA